UCCCCCGACUUUGGCCCACAGGGCAGUGUGGGAGGGAACUAGCAUGAGGGGCUCCGAGGUGGGUGGAAGGGCUCUGCGCCCUGCCUGGGGUAUGGACGGCCUCUGAAGGUUGGAGUGCAAGUAGAGAGGAUGCUGAUGGCCCUGAAGACCGCUGACCCCUGGCUGUUUCCCUCGUUUAGGCUCUGGGGAAAGGAGCUGGCCAUGCAGCACGUGACCCGGGAAGUCUGGGCAACCAGGGUUCGAAUAUGGCCCCUGUUGCUCGGGUCCCCCAGGGCUCUGUCGUCGUUGGCAACCAAGAUGGGGGUGUACCGCAAGAUCUGGAGCCCCACGGAGCCCCGCGAGUGGGCCCAGCAGUACCGCGAGCGUUUCAUUCCGUUCUCCAAGGAGCAACUGCUCCACCUCCUGAUACAGGACUUCCACUCCAGCCCUAUGCAGAAGGCAGCUUUGGAGGCGUUUUCAGCCCACAUAGAUUUCUGCACCCUGUUCCACUACCAGCGCAUCCUGACUGAGCUGCAGGCUAUGUAUGACCCCAUCAACCCAGACAGAGACACCCUGCAUGAGUCUUCGCUCACGGACCCACAGCGUCUGGCCAACGAGCGGGAGGUGCUUCGGGCUCUGGAGCCCCUUCUGGACCAGGCCAACUUCUCCCCACUGUCCGAGGAUGCCUUGGCCUAUGCGCUGGCCGUCCACCACCCGCAGGAUGAGGUCCAGGUGACAGUAAAUUUGGAUCAGUAUAUCUACAUUCACUUCUGGGCCCUGGGGCAGCGUGUUGGGCAGAUGCCCCCGAAGCUCAGUGCAAAUUCCCGGCGCGAUUUCUUCAUCAGGUCGCCGCCCGCGGAGAGGAGAUACUUUAAGCGGGUGGUGCUCGCCGCCCGCACUAAACAGGGGCGCCUGGUACUGAAGAGCUUCAAGGACACACCCCUGGAGGGUCUGGAGCUGUUGCUGCCGGAGCUGAAGGUGCGCACGCCGCGUCUGCAGCGUGCGCUGCUCAACUUAACGCUGCUGGUCUCCGGCAUGGCCUUCUUCGUCAACGUGGGCAUGGUGGUGCUGUCUGACCUCAAGAUGGCCACGUCGCUGCUGCUGCUGCUCUUCGCUGUCUUCAUGGGCAUGCGUGCCUCCAAGAUGUUCGGGCAGAGGCGCAACGUGCAGGCGCUGGAGCUGGCGCACAUGCUCUACUACCGCAGCACGUCCAACAACUCGGAGCUGCUCUGCGCCCUGGCUCACCGCGCGCAGGACGAGCACACCAAGGAGACGCUGCUGGCACACAGCUUCCUGGCAAGGCGGCCUGUGGACUUGAGUGACCAGCCUGAAGAGACUUCCCGGUGGCUCCAGUCCGAAGUGGAGAAUUGGCUCCUGACCCAGUCAGGUUUUGAGGUGACCUUCAACGGAACUCGGGCUCUGGCCCACCUUCAAGCCCUGUCCUCCACAACCGAGAUGUACCCGCCCCCGGGGCUCCCCACACUAGAUCCCCUGGCUACUACAGUCCCCCCGGCCGCACACAGCAGCGGUAACCCUGGACAGAAAUCUCUCUACCCAGCCCCGCGCGACCACCUGGUUGGGCACUGAGGCCCUCCUCCUGCGAGACAAGCUAUCAAUCACUGUUGCUACGCUUUGCCCCGCCCCAAUCUCCAAUUACAGGCGAGCCGUUACAUUUAUUCUUAAAGCUGCCAUUCAAGGCAUCCCUUUGAUCGGCCCGCCUCUUUUGGUGAUCAGCCAAUCCAAACUUUAUCUUUUUAUUUCCCCCCCCCCCCCCCAUUAACCUCCAAUCAUGGUUUGACUGAGGAGUGUCAGCCAAUCACAGCUGCUCAACGUUGCAAACCACCAGGCACCGUUGUUCAGCAGUGCCCUCCCGAGGCUAUAUAUCAUUGUCUUUUUAUCCUGCACUGGGCAAGUUGCCCAUCAUGUUCACCAAGGCGGAGCUCCAGCCGGCAGCCAAUGAAAGUCUUAUAGCCCUGCUCUCUGGGCUAAUUGCCAGUGACAGCUGCUGGGCACCAUCAACCUGGAGCAGCCAGUUGUCUGCAAAGAAUUUCUAAAGGAAACCUGAUCUUCCUAGGAUUUUUAGACCAUCUUGUCAGCUGCUGAUUAGCUUGUCCGUGCUGAAGGGGUUGGGUGCCUUGUGCCAGGAACAAAGCUGUGGACUAGAAGGAAGACCCUACUCACUCCAAGACCUACUUCCACUUGGGCCCUAAGGACCUCAGGUGCCUUCCCUAACCCAGGUCUCAUCAUUUCUACAGAAACUACCUUUGUCUUGAUCUUUCCGGCACCCACAGUCGGUGCAAUAUUUAUUGGUCUCUCCAUUUCUCCCCCACCCCAUCUCCAAAGGAAAUAAAGCAUAUUUAGUAAAUUCGGGUGAGUGGG